UCACUGUGUGUUUCAAUGAUCCUAAAUAGUCAAAUCCAGCAAAUUGUGAUACCGCAGCAUCAAUCUAAAAGUGAACUUUUACUGAAUCAACAUCUACGGAUUAAGGUUGUGUUUUCCCUUGACGCCAUUGGGAGCCACCUGCCUCAGCUCUGACUCUCUGACCACCAUCUGAUCGGGAUGCGGAUGUGAAACCUGCGAUGGAGACCGGGGCUUGAUAUCUGGACCUGGAAACUGAUCAAAGAUGGACCGCCUGGUCGUUUGCGUUCUGCUGCUGUGUGCAGCUCUGGUGAAGGGAUACAGCUGCCCCGGCCGCUGUAUCUGUCAGCACCUCUCCCCCACUCUGACUCUGCUGUGUGCUAAGACGGGUCUGCUGUUCGUACCACCCUCCAUCGACCGCAGAACCGUAGAGCUGCGACUCACAGACAACUUCAUCACCGUCAUUCGCAGGAAGGACUUUUUCAACAUGACAAGUUUGGUCCACCUCACCUUGUCCCGGAACACCAUCAGCCAGAUCAUCCCCCACUCUUUUGUCGGCCUGCGAUCCCUACGGGCGCUCCACAUGGAUGGAAACCGCCUGAGUGCAAUAAAGACUGACCAAUUUAAAGGCCUCAUCAACCUGCGGCACCUCAUCCUUGGAAACAACCAGAUCGCCGAGGUGGCCCCUACCUCCUUUGAUGAGUUUGUUUCCACCAUAGAGGACUUGGAUCUUUCCAGUAACAACCUGCGCACCCUUCCCUGGGAAGCCAUAGCCAGAAUGACCAACAUUAACACACUCACACUGGACCACAACCUGAUUGACCACAUUGGAGCUGGCACUUUCACGUUGCUCACCAAACUGGUUCGCCUGGACAUGACCUCCAACAGGCUGCAGAAACUGCCACCAGACAGCUUAUUCCAGCAAGCAGAGGUCCUGGCUGACACCAGGGGCUCCGGCUUCUCUUCGCUGGCAGUGAGCUUCGGUGGAAACCCUCUUCACUGUAACUGUGAGCUGCUGUGGCUGCGCAGGCUGACAAGAGAGGAUGAUCUGGAGACCUGUGCCUCGCCAGACCACCUCAUGGACAAGUAUUUCUGGUCCAUCCAAGAAGAGGAGUUCAUCUGCGAGCCUCCGCUGAUCACCAAGCAUCUUUCCACGAAGCCUUAUGUGAUGGAAGGGCAGGGUGUGACUCUUAAAUGCAAAGCAGUGGGUGACCCAGACCCAGAUAUUCACUGGCGGUCACCAGAUGGCAAGCUGGUGCAUAAUAACUCCCGCACCAUCCUGUACGAUAAUGGAACCCUUGAUAUUCUCAUCACCACGCUGAAGGACAGCGGCACAUUUAAUUGCGUGGCGUCCAAUGCUGCAGGCAUCGCCACAGCUGCUGUUGAGAUCAACAUGAUCCCCUUACCCUUGUUUGUUAACAACACAGGCCACAUGCGCGAGGACCCCGGCCUCUCAGACAUCACCACCUCCUCUAAAUCUGGCAACGACACCAAAGGCUACGACAAGCAGGGCCGGAGGGUGAUGGUCUCCGAGCUGACCUCCUCCUCCGCUGUGAUCCGUUGGCCUUCUGAGCGCCAUAUCCCCGGCAUUAGGAUGUACCAGAUUCAGUACAACAGCACGGCAGAUGAUACUUUGGUGUACAGAAUGAUCCCGUCAACCAGCAAGAACUUCUUAAUCAAUGAUCUGGCCGCAGGACGAGAGUAUGACCUUUGUGUGCUGGUGGUUUACGACGACGGCAUCACAUCACUCACGGCCAUACGUGUGGUCGGCUGUGUGCAGUUCCAUACGGCCAGAGAGGUCAGCCAGUGCCGCUUCAUGCACAGCCAGUUUCUGGGAGGCACAAUGAUCAUCAUUAUUGGUGGUAUAAUUGUUGCGUCGGUGCUUGUCUUCAUUAUCAUCCUGAUGAUCCGUUACAAGGCCUACAGCGACCCAGAGGACAGCAAGACCAAGGUCAGUUCCAGCAUGCACUCGCAGACCAAUGGCAGCCAGCAGCGGCUCCAGCGCUCCGUCUCCAAGCAACCGUCUGACGAGGGCCAGCGUGAAGCUCGCGCGCCCAAAGAGGUCAUGGCGCUGGUGCUGAGGGUGGACAAUGAGAAGAAAGAGAAUCCAGCAGCCACCACUGUCGUCCUGGAGGUGGAGCUGCCGCCCAUGGCUGUCGACAAGACGCAGAGAAGAACCAGCCUGGAUGCACAGCGCUCUGGCCCCCCAUCUGAUGACACCCAGACGGACAGUAGCCUGACGGGCUCCACCAUGUCCCUGUGUCUCAUCGGCCCCAACGCUGGCUCCAAGGAGGCUCCCAGGCUCAAGGACAGGAAAAGUGCUCUGGCAAACAUGGGACUGCUUCCAAAUGAGCUGGCACGAACUCGGCACAGAUUCUCAUUUGACGGAGGAGAUUACUCCAUUUUUCAGAGUCAUAGUUACCCACGCAGAGCGAGGACGAGGUGGCACAAGUCCACCAACCAGCUCAACACGGAGUCAUCGCCGCUCGCCAACAGGAGAGUUACGUUCAGCAGCACUGAGUGGAUGCUUGAGAGCACAGUCUGAGGAAAGCAGCGGAGCGAGGGAAAAACAAAAUCACACAUGUUAAAACACAAAUAUCUCUCUCCAUGCCAUAUAGCACACACAUUGUUCCUGCACACAGCAAAUGACGAACACAAACACAUGUACUUACACAUGCCAAACUUUUUGUGAGUUGCUGGAGAAGAUCACAAUCUCCCUGUGUCCUGCCUCCCCAUCAUACUCCCAGAGAGGUUUGUUGGCCAUGUCGUUUCUUCAUGCAGCGGUGCCUUACUCUGAAAAAUGUACGAAUGGAGGAUGCUGCUCACUGGAGUCAUAAACCGUCCCAUUGCCUCCCUCCCUGAUGACGGGAGGCGUUUCUUUGGAUUUUCAUUUUUUCUGUGACAUGCCAAGGGGAGUGUGUCGUUUGGAUGUGACUGUUUAAUUGUUUCACCGACAAAAAAAGAGAAGAAAAAAAACCUCGUUAAAAACUGUAAAGUGAACAGCCAGGUAUCCUGUAUAUGUCAAUCAUGUUUUGGGUUCUUUCAACAACAAAAAAACUUUUGCACAGAAGACACGAAAUACAAAGACAAGUAACACCACCAGUCUAUAUAAUAAUGAUAAUUUAAAAAAGAACAGGUUUUUACAGAUGCCGAUUUCUAAUGUUAGCGAAGAGAGGAUGGACCUGGAAACCAACCGUUGAUUCCUCUAUAACGGUCGGACUGUAUGCUGUUAAAUAGGUAUUGUUCCAGAUGUGGCUGUAUAUUAAUCAGUACUGUAUCUGGCUGGCCUAGAUAAAAAUACAACAAACAAAAAAGACGUAUAUAAAUAUAUUAAAACAUUGGUGUAUGUGUACUAACUAUGUAAGUAAGUAAGUCAUAUGUCACAUGACUUUUUACAAAGCAUUUGGGUGUUGGCUGCAAGUUUUUACAUUAAAAACCUGUGUCAUGACACCGCUCCCUAUUUAGUAUGUCAAAGUUUGGACCAUUUAUCCCCUCACGAAGGGUAUUAAAUUUUUUGUGUGGGUUAAUUGUAUCAGUUUGUUCUUUUGCUUCAGGAGCAGUAGUGUGUGUCCGCCGCCGGAAGGGACACACACACAUUGUGAUGAUGAAUAUUUGAUUCCUGAGUACUAUUUAUAAGGCCUCUGUGAAAGCUGCACAACAACCGGGGAAGUGGGGUGUGAAACGACGAGGGACAUGGUAACUGAGCAUGAAGAAAUGCAGCCAGUUGUUCUUCAUAAGGGUGGAAGAUCAGUUGCAUCCCACUAGAGGGAGACGAGGCUCUGUAAAGUUACCAAUGACUUGCAGACUGCAGGGAAGACAAUAUAAUAAUCGUUAUUAGCAGAAAGCCUGAGUAGCAUCCUGCUUUGAGAUUCAGUUUUCUCUUACUUUGGACAAAGCUUAGAUCUUGAAACACGAAAACCUCACCCAUUUAGCACAUAUAAGCAGGACUGGAUCCACAGUCAUUUCAUGGCGCUAUUGUGAUGAUGCAGUUGCAAGCAGAGAUAAGGACAACGUUAUUAAUGUGUUUGUCAAUAUGUGUAACUCCUUUUGUGAAGCGUCUGUAUCUGGUGUAUAAACAGAUAAUGGAUGAUUAAUACCACCAAGCUAUAAUCACUUUUCAUGUUAAGUAAUAAUAACACACGUGCACAAAUACUCAGUGCUUCAGAAAACUACUGAUUUAUACACAUGACAAAGAUUUCCUCAACAACAGGAUAAAACCAGUUUAUGAAGAUGUUCGAAGCGCUUUCAACUGCCUCUCAUGGAGCGUUUGUCCGGUUGCCAUGGAGAGUGAAGAAGACAUGAAGAGAUAAAUACAGCAAUGAAAACAAAUUGUAUAUAUAUAUAUAUAUGGACAUUUUUGUAUUAUUAAAACUGUGUUUUAUAUUAAAUCAUUCCUUGUUCAUAAGCCAGUGACAAAUGCAUCGUAAAAGGAGUCGUAGUUGACUCAAACAAAUUGAAGUGUACUUAUAUCUGCUUACAACUAAAUUAUCAUGUUAUAAACCACUUGAUAUGUGUUAAACUGCACAUAAGGCAGGGGGUGAAAUAAGAAGUAACAGUGGUAAAAGAUAAGAUCACAGUGUGUGAGCGUUAUUUGUUUGCUGUCAGCUUCUCCCCCUGAUUACAGCUACUUAGCACAGGCUGAGAGGAAACGUAGCUGCGUGGGCCUCAAAGAUAAAAUAUGUAGCAGCGAGAUAAGCCACACUGGAGGUUUUCAAUCCCCUCGAGUCUCCCAUUUGCAUCCUCAGUGACGGAGAGGGUUGAUUCGAAGAACUUUGUGAUCCUUUCCUUUUUCGUCAUCGUUCUGAACACAUUUUCUGUCAAAAAAAACCGGUGGCCAUUUCGAGUCUGACAUCUUGUUUCCCAGCUGGAAGACUUAAAUGUAGGGUUUCUAUUCUCAGCUGUCAAUUUGUGGUGGGCACAUCGUCCGUCUUCUCAUUAACUACUGAUGUGAAAGUGUUUAUUUCUAUUCCUAUGUGUAAUCAUUAUUCAACACCAAAUCCGCUUAUGUGGGAGGAGGCUGAGACUUCACCCAGUCUUUAAAAUUGGUCAGGGCAGCCAAGCUAGCAAACACUGGGGGUGUGGCAAAGCGUGUUAUGUCUCAUCAGCAGUUAUGACUUUAAAAGUUACUGCAAAAAAAAGUGCCUCGACUUGGUGAGCGUUGCUUUCACACAAGAUCUCAUUUGAUCUUUAAUGCAUAGUAGUGCGUGUUUGAAAUGUCCAAUCUGAACAGGGUUUUGUAGGUGUAACGUUUAAAGUCCUCCGUGCUCACCAUGCUCGAUAAAUUCAUGCCAUAUAUCAUAUUCCAACUGCUCAAAUGUUAUCCUUGUUUUCUGAUGAGCAUGUGUGCUUCAUCAUUGAAUCCAAGCUGCAAUGUUUCAAUUCCAAUUGGAUCCAUUUGAUGUUGGUUUCCCAGUAAGUAGCCUUGAACCUUUACAUAACUUAAAUAAGAAAUUUACCAUUUCUGGAUUAAAAAAACGGAAACACUUUACUCAGAGUUUCUGUGGAGAGAAAUGUGUUUCAAUUCAAAGAUUGAUGUUGGCUUUGGUUUAUAUUCUAACAUUGUCCUGCUGCGGUGAAGCCACUAACGACAGUCGGAGCCUGCAGCCCUUCUCCUCCUCCCAAUAUGUUAAACUGAUCUACUGACCAAAUAGCACUGCAUCCAUAUAAAAGCAUCCCGCGGGUUCACCAGAGGAAUGCGUUUAGUGUCAAGCAGCAACAGCAGGAACGAUUUCAUUUGCAUCAGCAGUAACUUAAAAGAGCUCCUAUGUAUGAAAGUGGUCAGUAAACAGCAGACUAAGGGGGAUACGGAAAGUACGGACAGAAGAACUACACUUUAAACCACAAAUAUUCAGCUAUAGAAGCCACAAUACUUCUGAGAGCUGAGCUCAGAGCCGUCUCUUGUCUCCAGUGCAGGACACAGUGGAGCUGUUGAGGACACAAUGUGUAUCAUGUUACACAUCAUAGUUAACAUGUUAGCAUUCUAACAAGUCAAAGGCUCGACAAAGUCAACACAGUUCAUCCCGAGGGCAAAAUGAAUGUCUGGCCCCUUUUUCAUGACUGUCCAUUCAAUAACCAUUGAAACGUUUCAAAACCACACACCGACCUUGUGGUCAUUAGGAUGCAUCCUCUGGGAACCACGAAUGUCAGUACACAUUGUUAUCUACGUUUCCUGGGACCCUCUUGACGCCACGAGGAGAACUUUCAAAGAUUGUAUCUUUUCCAAAAUGUUUUUUUUUUUUGGUUAAAUGUUACAAUGUAUGUUUCCCUGGGUCAAUAUGUUGGAAUCACCCACUUAUAACUCGCAGCAUUCGGAUGUUAUUCUCCUUAAUAUGCCCUCACAUUUGUGGUUAAGACGGCCUUCUUGAUUUUGGUAUCCAUAUCUCCACAGCGGAUGAAUUUUCUAUUCAAACUGCAUUUUAAUCGUUUGUUCUUGUGAAAUUUGAAAGAUAGCCAUUAGCAAUCUCUUACAAACUGUCACAAAUAGUGGAAACGACACCAUUACUUUUGCCAAGUACAUUAGUUUCAAAGACUUGCAGUAACAGACAUUAGAAACUUAAGAAUGCACCCUGUAUGCAUAAAUGUUUAUCAUUAUUUGUAAUGUAGCAAGAACAUAAAUGCUUUUUAUUGGGA